AUGGUUAAUCCGUCACCACAAUUGUGCGCACGUCUGCGUUUCACCACCAAGCAGGUUGGCCGUGGUUUCUAUCGAGGAAAUCGAACGGGAUCGAUGGGUGCACAUAAUGGCCAUGGAGGCUACGUGAUUGACUGGCGAAAAACUCCGCAUUUCAAUGUUCCUGAAACAGAGAAUUUUUCACUCACGCCCUUUGUGACCUUGGAAAUGCAACCCAGAAGUCGAGCUCAAGAUCGUCCGGACGGAACUGUUUAUAUUCCCAAAAAGAUUGAUGGACUCGAAUUCUUAAGAGGAUGGAAAAGGCUUCACCCAACGGAGUAUGAUCAUGUCAUUGAGCAUCAGGAAAACGAACGACGGCAAGAGGAAGAGAGGGAAAGAUUAACCCUUCAAGACGCAGACCUUCAAGAGGAUGUCCAACUGGUCAAGGAGGAGACAAUAUCCGUACAAGCAGGUAACGACCCUAGGAAACUAUAG